AUGGCGGAAGAGGACAAUUUCGACACGGGGGCUAUGUUCGAGGACCCCGAGGGCUUCUACGAACCCGAGCCCGAGCCCACCUUUGCAGAGCAUCACAUGCUCUCCGGCCAAAAAGUGCGCGUGCGCCUCGUUGGUAGCCAUCCUCUUUACGGAAACCUCCUCUGGAACGCCGGCCGAACCAGCUCCCACUACAUCGAAGAACGCGCCAGCACACUAAUCGAGGGGAAGGAUGUCCUCGAAAUCGGUGCCGCCGCCGGUGUCCCGAGUAUUGUCAGUGCCAUUCUGGGCGCCCGCACAAGCGUAAUGACCGACUACCCAGACCUGGAUCUCGUCGGAAACAUGCGCUACAAUGCCUCAUUGGCUGCUCCUCAGAUCGCGAACCCUGGCUCCCUCCACGUUGAUGGAUAUAAAUGGGGAAACCCGGUUGAGCCGCUGCUUGCGUACCUGCCCGCUGGUGCGACGGGCUUUGAUGUGCUCAUCAUGGCAGAUGUGGUGUACAGUCAUCGGGAGCAUCCGAAUCUGAUCAAGACGAUGCGGGAGACCAUGAAGCGGACCAAGGAGGCUGUGGCGUUGGUGAUCUUUACGCCGUAUGAGCCAUGGCUGUUGCCCAAGACGGAGAAGUUUUUCCCGCUGGCGGAAGAGAGUGGCUUUAAAGUAACGAAGGUUUUUGAGAAGCUUAUGGAUGAGGUGUUGUUCGAGAAUGACCCAGGUGAUGAACGUCUAAGAAGGACGGUCUUUGGAUAUGAGAUCCGCUGGGCAGACGAGGAGUUGAAUUAG